AUGGAUUUCAGUCGAGUAAGCAAUGUUAAUAUUUCUGAAAAUGAAACAAGAAAUGGAUACUCGACCAAUAAUGGUCAAGUGGUCAUAAGUCUAGAGGAACAGGAAAGGAGGAGAGACAAAGAGCAAAUCAAAUGUCUCAGGAAAAUGUUGUUUGGGCCCCAUUUGAAAAGAGAUCUGUAUUGUAACAGUACGUGGGAUGAAAUCACGUGUUGGCCAGAUACAGCGCCUAAUAAAACAGUUUAUAUACAGUGUGCCAACUAUAUAAAUGGAUUCUAUGUCAAUAAUUUUGCUUCAAAGAGAUGUAUGCCGGACGGUCAAUGGUACACCCAUCCAACUCACAAUCGAUCCUGGACGAAUUAUACUCAGUGUUUUAAUAAACGCACCGUCACUAAUGAUCCGAGGGUUGGAACUCUUGUUCAGACACAUAUGGAACACAUUCGUCUGAUGUACAAUAUAGGAUAUGGCUUGUCAUUUGCAACACUCUCUGUCGCUGUCUUCAUUAUGGUCUAUUUCAAACGUCUUCAUUGUCCAAGAAACACAGUUCAUCUCAAUCUCUUUAUUGCCUUCAUGCUAAGGGCACUUAUUUCUCUGCUAAAAGAAAACCUUCUGGUGCAAGGCCUGGGUCUGCCAUUUGAUGUUGAAGAAACACCAUAUGAAAGAGUAAUAUUCAUUGAAGAAGGGCCGCAUUGGGAGUGUAAGAUGCUGUUUACGGUGUUUCAUUACGUUCUGAUGGCUAGUUAUAUGUGGAUAUUUGUUGAAGGUCUACACUUACAUACACUCAUCAUGGUGUCUGUCUUCUCCGAGCGGAGUAGUGUCAAGUGGUACCUCUGUAUUGGAUGGGUUGUACCCAUCGUUUUUAUCAUUCCAUGGAUUAUCAUACGAGUACUCCUGGAGAAUGUCUACUGUUGGAAUACGAAUCCCUCACCUGGGUAUCGGUGGAUCCUCCAAGCUCCCGUGGUGCUCGUUACCGUUAUAAAUUUCAUAUUUUUUAUAAAUAUUCUACGUGCAUUAUUUACCAAAAUGAAGACGCCGAUUUCAAAGACAGCUAAAAGACAUAAAUACAGGCGACUGGCGAAAUCAACACUGGUGCUUAUUCCAUUAUUUGGUGUCCAUUACGUGGUGUUUUUGGGACUUCCGGAUGAACAUAUCUCCCCGGAAGCAGAAGUUGUAAAGCUUUAUUUCGAAAUGUUUCUAAAUUCUUUUCAGGGACUACUUGUGGCAAUUUUAUUUUGCUUUAUGAACAAUGAGGUUCAAAUGGAAAUCAUGAAAAGAUUAUGUAACCGUGGACCAUACUACAGAUAUAGAAGAUAUUAUAGACAUUCAAGUCAAGGCGGAUCAUUAAGGUGUAUCUGUCAAAAUAAAAAUAGUCACCCACCAAAUAGUUACCAAUUAGACACUGCUAGGAGGUCCUCUGCGGAUAAUAGCAGCAGCCUGCUAUUGCAAUCAGCUAAAUACCCGCCAGAGUCCUGUUAUUGUAUGUGGCAAGUGGAUUCCAAAGGUCAUCUUUGUAGAAAUUUUGUGAAACAUGAUGACAAAUUAAGACGAGCACAAAGCUGUUUGUAGCCUUUUGUUGUUAGUUACAAACUUUAGAAAAUUUUAUGUUUUAUCUAUUUUAUGUUUUGUGUCACUUGUUGGAAAA